AUGGUUCACUACUCCGCGCGGCAGCUCUACUACGACGGCAACACCCAACCCGCCACCUCCUCCAAAACCUUUCAAACAAUUGAUCCUGCAACCGGCGCACACAUCGCAGACAUCCACGAAGCCUCACGCGCCGACGUCGACAAGGCCAUUCAGUCUGCCGAACGCGCUUUCCCAUCAUGGUCCGCUACGCCGCCCGUUCAGCGCGCCCGCAUCCUACAGAAAGCGGCCCAGCUGUUGCGCGAACAAAACGACGAGAUCGCCACGGCCGAAACACACGAUACAGGGAAAGCGUUCACGGAAACUAGUGUUGUAGAUGUCGCGACGGGUGCGGAUGUGCUUGAAUAUUUUGCGAAUUUGGUAGGUGGUGGUGGGUUGAAUGGGGAGACGACUCAAUUGAGGGAGGAUGCGUGGGUGUAUACUAAGAAGGCGCCUCUGGGUGUAUGUGUGGGUAUUGGAGCUUGGAACUAUCCUAUUCAGAUAGCUCUCUGGAAAUCCGCACCCUGUCUCGCAGCCGGUAACACAAUGGUCUACAAACCCAGUGAAUUCACAUCUCUCCACGGCGAAACCCUCGCCAAAGUCUACACUGAAGCCGGUCUCCCCCCAGGCGUCUUCAAUGUUGUCCACGGCGCCGGCGAUGUGGGCGCAUACCUGACCGCUCAUCCUUCAGUCGCCAAGGUAUCAUUCACCGGCCAAGUCGCAACAGGCAAAAAGGUAGCCGGAGCAGCAGCCGGAAACAUGAAAUAUGUCACGAUGGAACUCGGCGGGAAAUCGCCACUUCUUAUCCUACCUGACGCCGAUCUCGAGAUUGCCGUUGACGGGGCCAUGAUGGCCAAUUUUUAUAGCACAGGCCAAGUCUGCACAAACGGUACACGAGUCUUUGUACCCAGAAGCAUGAAAUCGGCCUUUGAAAAACGUCUACUAGCAAAAAUGCAAUAUAUCCGUGCCGGUCCCGUCAUGGAUCCUUCCACCAAUUUUGGUCCACUCGUUUCGCGAGUCCAUCAUCAAAAAGUUACAGACUACAUCCGACACGGCAUAGAGACGGAUAAAGCAACCUUGCUGUACGGUGGGCCCGGCCAACCCAAAGACCUGCCCGCAGAGCUCCAAAAGGGAUUCUGGGUCCAACCAACCGUCUUCACCGACUGCACGGAUUCCAUGAAGAUCGUCACGGAAGAAAUCUUCGGCCCGGUGCUUUCUAUUCUCACCUACGACACAAUUGAAGAAGCCGUCCGUCGCGCCAACGCGACUGAAUUGGGUCUUGCAGCAGGCGUGUUUACAACCAAUCUGAAUCUUGCGCAUCGCAUAAUUGAUCAGUUGCAGGCCGGUAUCACGUGGGUGAAUUCAUGGGGCGAGUCACCCGCCGAAAUGAGUGUCGGGGGAUGGAAACAGAGUGGUGUGGGUGUUGAGAAUGGGAGGAGGGGAAUAGAGGCUUGGGUACGGAAUAAGAGUACCUUGGUCGAUAUGAGUAAUGUGGUGGCUACUGCUUUUGCGAAGCUCUAA